AUGAUUUUUUUUAACACAGAUUACUUUUUUGCUCUGGACAUAUUAAAAAAAGAACCUGAUUUUAUUCCAAGUCCUGAUAGUUUAAAGGAUUGGCUCCAACAACCACCCAAUAGUCCAAUUAAAGUUAAACCAGAAAUAUAUGAUGCUUACUUUCGUUCACAAGUCAAUCCAAUUUUUCUGAACAAAAUCUUUGUUAGCUCUCCUAAUGCUUCUAUAAAAUUAUGGAUUGAAUUUAUCAAUGGCAUUGUUACCCCAUUUCAACCAAGCUUCACUGAAGAUUCAUAUCAUCCACUUUGGCAACAAGCUAUAUAUAAUCCCAUUAAAUUGGGAUGUAAAGAUGGAACUUACAACAGAAAUUCAUCUUAUAAUACAUCAACAAAACAACUUCGUCCCGAUUUUUCUUUCUUAGUAUCAAAUGUUUGUCUAUUUAGGGGUGAAGAAAAAGCACCUAAUAAUGCUGAAAAUCCUGCAAAUGAACUUACUUCUAAAUUAAUAUGGACAUAUGGAGAGUGUCCAUAUAUCUUUGGUUAUUAUGCAGUUGGGUUCAUGGUUACAUUUUGUUAUUUGCGGAGGAAUAGAAAUUCAGUUGAACGUAUAGAUAUCAAAACAUGUAAUUUAGAAAGAUUGGAUGGUCGAAUUGAAGCAUUCAUUAUUGGAAGAAAUAUUGGACGUUUAUUACCUUUACUUCGAAAAACUGUUCCAGACUCUCUUCAAGAAUUUACUAUUAUUCAUCGAAAUAAUGGUAAAAUAGUUGAAUUAUUGCAAAGUGUUGUUAUAAAACGUUAUAAAUCAGCAGAAUUAGUAAGACAUAUUAUGGACUUAUAUGAUAAAAUGAAACUUCAUCAUAUUCCCUUUAUUGAUUCUUUGGAUAAAGUUAAGAUCGAAGAACAAUCAGUACCAUUUGUUAUUUUAUCACCCAAGGGUAUAAUAUAUAAACCACAAUCAGAAAAACAACUAGUAAUAGCAUUACAUUGUGUAUUGACUGCAGUUAAGGCUUUCCAUGAAUUGAAUAUCAUGCAUCGUGAUAUUCGCUGGGAAAAUGUAAUAAGAUAUAUUGAUAAGGACAGAUGGUUCAUAAUUGAUUUUGAUGAGGCAUGUAAUUCUCCUUCAAGUAUUUCUUAUACACAGCUAGAUAGAAGAAGCCAUGCACCUGAAAUUUUUAGUGGAAGUCAUAACAAAAGUGUUGAUAUUUGGUCUAUUGGAUAUCUGAUAUUACAAACUUCUGUGAAAUCAGAAUCAUUGAUUGGAUAUGCAGAAAAAGAUUUAAUGAUAAAAGAUUCUGAAAAAAGACCAAAAGCUAAAGAGGUUUUAAAAUGGUUAUGUGAUAGAUAUAAAGAUAUUUUACAAGAAGAAUUUUUGAUUAGCAAAUAUUGA